GGCACUCUAGCACGCGUCCCGGCAUUUUUACCAGGCUCUUAAUUUCAUUAUUAUUUGAUUUAAUUCAUGUUAAAGAGAUUAAAGAGAGACAAAAGGUACUGCAGGUGAGCAAUGGCCAGUCCGUUCCCGAUAAGCAGCCGCAGCGGCCUGUUGCGCACCACGCUCAACAGCUCCAGCGGGAUGCAGAACCUGUCGCAUUCGCUACUCCUCCAGGAACGCAGUGAUGCGGCCAUGGAUGACCGAUCGAUGAUCGAGGAUACCGGAGAUGACAUGGACCGUGGCAUGGGCCGUGUUGAUGUGCUGUUCCCACAAUUCUUUGAAGUUUUGCUGUCGCACAGUGGCGGCCCGGAGACCUUCGACGUGAUCCAGGGACUGAUGAUGGCGUGUGGCGGCGCCGCCGAGCAGCUGGAGCUGGAAAUUGAGCGCGGCAUGGGUGGGACACAAGGCGCCAAACAGCGCCAGUCCAUCCUGGCAUGGCUGCGCCAGGAGAUCUAUACAUGGCGUCUGCUCUUCGCUCUAUUCAAAGAUCGCAUUCUGCUGCAAACGGAAAACCAGGCGGACGACGAGAUGCAGGACGGCCCCACCCUUGGCGGCAGCGAGAAAGCGGUGGUCGAACAACUGUACGAGAUCAAUGCCACACUGAGGGAGUACCAGCUGGUGGUAGACUGGCUGGAGGCCAGCUAUGAGCCCGGGGAGCAGGAAAACCCGCUACACAGUCACCGCAUGAUGGCCUGGGAGAAUACACUCUUCGAGCUAAAGAACCUGCAGGGCGCCGCCUUUGGCCGCGGUAAUGAGAUCGUACAGCACCUGGAUCCAGACGCACCCAUUCGCGAGAAGCGUCCACUGCACGCCGUCGACGAGGAGGACAAUGCUCGCCUUUCCCGAGCCAUCUUUAUGGCCAUCCGGUCGGGACGAGUGGACGAUGGACUAAGGCUAUGCAAACACUACGGCCAGACUUGGCGUGUCGCCAUUCUGGAGGGUUGGCGCCUCCACGAAGAUCCAAACUUUCAGGAGAGUAGCUCGGUCGUCCGGGAAAAGCUGCCCAUCAUGGGCAAUCCGAGGAGGGAUAUAUGGAAGCGGUGUGCCUGGCUCAUGGCCGAUUCCAGCAGAUACGACGAGUACACUCGGGCCACGGCUGGCGCUUUCUGCGGCCACCUGGGCUCCCUUAAGUCCCUGCUGCGCAACAACUGGCACGACCUGCUAUGGGCCCAUCUCAAGGUGCAGAUAGAUCUGCGUGUAGAGUCCGAGGUCCGGGGCUGUUGCGGGAAGCGCUACCAACCAAUGCCCGAUGAUUAUUGGAACAGCAAGAUGACCAUGGAGCAAAUAUUCGAGGAGCUAAGCGUGGCCAAGGAUGCGUCCGUGAGGGAUUUCGCCAAGAGUCAAAUGGGUGUCAUCCAGCGCCACUUAAUCCUGGACACCUGUGGCGAGCUGUUGCAGCACAUGGUGCGCUGGCUAGAAGAAGCUGCCGGCCAGUUGCAACCGCACCAGUUGCGUUUUAUGGCGCACAUCGUGCUCUUUUUACGUCAGAUCGGUCGCGUGGAUCAGGAUAGACUGGCGGAGAAAAUAAUCGGCUCUUAUGUGGAGGCGCUGAUUGAGCGGGGAGAUCCCCACUUGAUAGCCUUCUAUGCUGCCACCCUUUCGAAUCCCUUGCAGGUUCAGCUAUAUUCGCGCUACCUGCAGCAGGUGGAGGAAAAGCGGGCGCGGGAGUUGGCUCUGGAUGCCGCCUUGCAGUCCGGGCUCGAUGUCCAGGAAAUCACACGAAUCACAGUAGAGAACGUUCGACGUACUCAUAUCUCGCUCGGGGAAUUGGGUGAACCACCGUCUGGCGAGAUCUCGGUCGAGGAUCAGCGCAAGAUCUCGGCCCUGGAGUGGCUUGUCUCGCUGCGAGAGCAGCGUGGCGAGCUGUUGUGGCAGGCCAAUGCCAUGAUGCGCAUAUAUCUGGCAUGCAACAAGGUGGAGUGCAUGCGCCAGACAUUCCGCAAAGUGCCCGGUGAUGUGGUCCAAGACGUGGUGAACAUUUACAGCUCGAUGGACAAUGUUCCGCCUCGCGAGGAGUGCAGCCUGAAGGAGUACCUGUGUUACAAAGUCUACUUGACGGGCAUCGACAGCUACAUGGAGUGGAAUCACAUGCAGCUGAACAAACCGAAGAAGUCGCCGACGCUGGUGCCCUCUUCGGCGCAGGACAACUUUACGGAACGCAUGGCCAACGAGCGUAAGGAGCAGGCCUACAGAACCGAAGUCCAGCGCUGGGAACACAAGGUCCAGGAGCAUGCCAAGCAAACCAAGGAAGCUCUGUACAAUGUGCUGCUCUUCCCGGAAAAGGGAUGGCUGGUAGAUCCCUUCCUUCCUCAGGAGCCGGAGAACGCCAAGCAACUAAACUGGGAGCAACGACAGAUGCAAAUGGAGCAGUUGCGUGCCAACUGCAUCCCUGAGGUCACACUUCUGCUGCACGACGUAAUGUUUAAGACGCGCGACUAUGCCGGCUGCGUGCGACUGGCAGAUGAGAUAGCCUGCAGAAAACGGCAAUUGUACAAAGUCUAUACGAAGCACAAGCUGGCCGACUUGAUGGCCAAGAUUGCGGACGCCUCGCUGGAGCUGCUCAAUUCGAAGCUGGAUCCUUGGGGCUACCCCAUAACCGCCUAGGAGGCGGGACUCUGGAAUUACUUACAUAGAUUGUGUGUGUUUUUGCGAUUAUAUACUAAUUUUAAACGUU